CGAAAUAGGCGUCGCGAGCCUGCACGAGGCCCGGGGUCUCGCAGAACGCUCGCUGUCGUUCGAUCGAGCUGGCGGUUGUGAUGGCGUGCUCCCGGUGGGCCGUGCUGGCUGUCCUGCUGCUGCUUGCCGUGCCUUCGCUGUCGGACAGCACGGUGGCCGAUGACGAGACGGUCGCCACGGAGGAGCAGGUGGCGGCCAGCGGCAUGGACGAGGACGAAGGAACCAAGGAGCAGGCGGCCCCCGCCGACUCGCAGGAGGAGCCGCCGGCCGACGAGACCUGGGCCAAGGCCGAGUCGGUGCACGAACUGGAAGCCUACGGGUGCGGCGAGCCCUGGGAGGCGUGUGACGCCGAACGCUUCUACGACGACCACGUCGAGGAUGACAAGUGAACCGGCUUGCAACUCAAGCGCUGGAAGACUUGCGUCGUCACGUAUCUGGAUUGCGGCAUCAGGACCGGAGGCUUGCCCUACCAAAUCACUUCUCCCCUUAGCGUCGUCGCUCACCCGCCCCCAUCGCCCGCACCACCGCCCAGCCUAUCUCGUUGAAUCAAAAUUAUCCUUUCAAGAAAGAUUGUUUACAACCAACUAGGAAUGGUAUUAAAUUAGUCUGACGUGUCCGUCCA